GCGGUGUCCGUCCCGAAGAGAGAGAUCAACGCGAGGGAAGGGAAUGCAGCGUCCCAACGCUCGAUCGUGGAUAAAUAGCUGCGAUCUUCCUCCCUCGCUCUGAUGCUGAGGAGGCAGCAAGCUCCGGGGUCGGUUUCUCUCCCCCCUAUCCAGAUAGUCAAGCAAGUACUAGGACUUCGUGCCACGUGCUUGGAGAUAACAUGAUCGGCACUCGUCUCGCAGGCCUCGGCCUGCUUGUAGCUGGCGUUUGCUCCGCUUCUGCCAGCACGUCGGCAAUUGAGCUACGCUCUGCUGAACGACCCUUGAGCGAGUGUCCCGGAUACCAAGCGGUCAACGUCAAGACCAGUGCCACAGGUCUCACUGCCGACCUGAGACUCGCCGGGAGUCCCUGCAACACCUACGGGACUGACUUGGAGAAGCUUCGCCUGGAAGUCACCUACGAGACUGAAAACCGUCUUCACGUCAAAAUCAGGGACGCCGACGAGCUGGUCUACCAAGUGCCAGAGAGUGUCUUCCCGCGUCCCAAGGCCGACGGCAUAAGCGCAAAGAAGUCGGCGCUCACGUUCAAGUACAAGGCCAACCCCUUCUCCUUCUCGGUCUCGCGGACCAAGACGGGGGAGGUCCUGUUCGACACCUCGGCCGCUCCCCUCGUCUUCCAAUCGGAAUACCUCCGCCUGAGGACCAAGCUGCCGGAGAACCCGAACCUCUACGGGCUCGGCGAGCACAGUGACCCGUUUCGGUUGAACACGACCAACUACAUCCGCACCCUCUGGAGCCAGGACAGCUAUAGCACGCCAGAAGGGGCCAACUUGUACGGGAACCACCCGGUGUACUUUGAGCACCGCAAGAGCGGAACGCACGGCGUGUUCUUCCUCAACUCGAACGGGAUGGACAUCAAGAUUGACAAGAAUCCCCAACAUCUCGAGUACAACACGCUAGGCGGCGUCUUCGACUUUUACUUUGUGGCCGGCCCGAGCCCCGUCGACGUCGCGCGGCAGUACGCCGAGAUCAGCGGACUGCCUGCCCCUGUUCCGUACUGGUCCUUUGGCUUCCACAACUGCCGUUAUGGAUACCGGGACGUAUAUGACGUUGCGGAGAUGAUAUACAACUACAGUGCCGCGCGCAUUCCUCUCGAGACGAGCUGGAUAGACAUUGAUUAUAUGGACCGGAGAAGGGUCUUCACUAACGAUCCGGAAAGGUUCCCGAUGCCUCUCCUGCGGAUGCUUGCGGACAAACUUCACUCCAACAACCAGCACUUGAUUGUGAUGGUCGACCCUGCGGUCUCGUACUCGCCGAACCCCGCGUAUCAGCGCGGCAUCGAGGACAACGUCUUUCUCAAGCGCAGCAAUGGCUCGGAAUGGCUGGGUGUCGUGUGGCCCGGCGUCACCGUGUUUCCCGACUGGUUCUCGGCCAAUAUCACCAGGUAUUGGAACAACGAGUUUGCCCAGUUCUUCUCCAAGGAAACUGGCCUCGACAUUGACGGGCUCUGGAUCGACAUGAAUGAGCCGUCCAACUUCCCCUGCUUCUUCCCCUGCGACGACCCCUUCUCGGCCGCGGUAGGAUAUCCCCCGGACCCGCCCCCCGUGCGGCCCGCUGCACCACGCCCGCUGCCUGGGUGGCCGUGCGAAUUCCAACCCGAGGGUUCCAACUGCACUCAACAACAGGAGGAGGCUACGCCAUCAGUCAGCCUUCCACGGCACGGAAUUGAGCCAAGGACAGCGCCGAUCGCCAAUCCGCCUCGCGGCGACAACAAGUGGAAAGGCCUUCCUGGCCGCGACCUGCUCUUCCCCAAGUACUCGAUCCACAACAAGGCAGCGUACAAGGAUUCGUGGAACGGAAAGCACGGCGGACUCUCGAACAAGACCGUCAACACCGAUGUCAUCCAUGCGAACGGCCUGGCCGAAUACGAUGUCCACAACCUAUACGGCACCAUGAUGUCGGUGCAAUCGCGUCAGGCUAUGUUGUCCAGACGACCUGGUCUCCGGCCAUUCAUCAUCACGAGGUCGACUUUUGCCGGGGCGGGUGCAUCGGUUGGGAAGUGGUUGGGCGAUAAUCUGUCCACUUGGGACCACUACCGCGCCGUCAUCCGGACUGUGAUGGCCUUCACGUCCAUCUAUCAGGUGCCCAUGGUCGGCGCCGACGUCUGCGGCUUCGGCGGCGACACGACCGAAUCGCUCUGCGCUCGGUGGGCGAUGCUCGGCGCUUUCAGCCCGUUCUACCGGUCGCAUAACGAACUCGGCUCUAUCCCGCAGGAGUUUUACCGCUGGCCCACGGUGGCCGAGGCCGCUCGCAAGGCCAUCGAUAUCCGCUACCGGCUUCUCGACUACAUUUACACCGCCUUCCAGCAGCAAACCGUCGACGGCACUCCCGCCGUCAGCCCCAUGUUCUUCCUGUACCCCAACGACGCGAAUACCUUUGGCCUCGACCUCCAGUACUUCUACGGUCCCGGUUUGCUGGUCGCGCCGGUCACCGAGGAGGGCGCAACAAGCGUGGACGUCUACCUGCCGAAGGACAUCUUCUACGACUGGUACACGCACAAGGCCAUCCGUGGACAGGGCAAGACGAUCCGCGUCAGCAACCAGGGGCUGACCGACAUCCCGCUCUUCCUGCGCGGUGGCGUCAUCAUUCCCGCCCGGGUCAAGUCGGCCAUGACGACGACUGAGCUGCGCGAGCAGAACUUUGAGCUGCUCAUCCCCGUGGGUGCAGACGGAACAGCGACAGGCCAGCUGUACCUGGAUGACGGCGUCAGUCUCGAGCAGAAAGGGACGACGCUCAUCACCUUCAGGUACAGGAACGGCGUCUUGACGGCGAGGGGCACUUUUGGGUACCAUACCAAGGCCAAGAUCACCAAGGUGACGGUGAUCGGAGCUAGCCGCAAGAGGGACGAAGAGGCGGACACGGCGGUUGUGACUGUUAACCAGCCGCUGACUGGCAACUUCGAAAUCAAAAUUAGCGGUGCUUUGUAGAUAAGUCACAUAGCAAGUAACUAGCAUAAUUCUUUAGUAAUGAAGCCCGAUUUUGGC